UUCAUAUCUGCCUUCAAGUUCACUUUCCACUGUGUAGGACGGAUUUCUGCAUCUUAGUGCUUUCUUUUCUGUGCAACAUGUCGAGGGCUCUUUAAGGGCUGACUCAGUCGUCCCAUCAUGGGCCUGGGCAGCGUUCUUCUUCUAAGCAUUGUAUGCCUUCCUCUCUGUUCAAGAUGAACUCAUUUGCGACCUGGGUUGUACGCAGUCUCUCUCUUCUCAAUCUCACCACCCAGCAUAUGAGCCAGGCGCCUCUGCAGUCUGUGAGCAUUACCAGCCACAGCACCUCUUUCCUGGACCAUGUCACGCCCAUCGAUGGCUUUUUUGGGCAAACCUUCUUGAGGGAAAACAUUCCAUUCAUUGAUAUACCGGACUCGAAUAUUCAAGAAGUCUAUUACUAUCGAUGGUCUGCCCUUCAACGUCACUUACGGUACACUGUCCCAGGAACUGGAUACAUCAUCACAGAAUUUAUGCAGCCAGUUGGAUAUGCACAGGCUCUGAAUACCAUUGACGCUGCUGCUGGCCACCAGAUCGAUGAAGCAAGAUGGUUCCGGAGCCAAAUUUACGAUGACGACUACAUCCUGGCCUAUACCCGAGGCCCAGCAAACAGCACUCAAUACACUCACUGGAUCCUGGACGCAAUGUUCAGGAGGUCUCAAGUCAAUGGGGACACGAAGUACACCACCGACCAUCUCACAGAUAUGGCGAGGCUGUGGGGUUACUGGGAUUACACAUAUGACACUGAAGUUGGAUUAUACUACUUCACGCCGAAUUGGGAUGCUCAGGAAUUCAGUCUUCCAGGUUAUAUCGUUGCUCCUUCGGGCGGAGACCUUCAGUAUAAUGGACCCAAUACUUAUCGACCGAAUGUGAAUGCAUACAUGGUUGCAAACUCGCGGGCUAUUUCUCUGGUCGCAACGCAGGCUGGAUAUCCAAAAACUGCUUCAAAGUUCAGCAACAUUGCUGACCAGCUGGAACAUUCAAUUUGCAAGCACUUGUGGGAUCCUGAUCAAAACUUCUUUGUGGACGUCAUUCGACCGAACAAUCCAGAAUUGACCAAGGUCCAAGGAAGAGAGGAAGUUGGGCUCUUCCCAUUCCGCUUCGGAAUUGGUCUUGAUGCAAAGUAUGCCAACCUGUCAGUGCAGCAGCUUUUUGAACCUCAAGGGUUCUUUGCCACUUACGGCCCAACCACUCUCGAACAACGAAACAAGUACUAUGCUGGAACAAAACCGGGCGGUGCUUGCUGUUACUGGAACGGACAAUCAUGGCCAUUUUCUACGUCCCAUGUCUUGAAAUCCCUUGCUACUAUCUACCGCAAUGGCAGUUCGUCUCUUAGUGCGGAACAGUAUGUCCAGUAUCUGGGCAUAUAUGCUACGACUCAGCACAAGAAUGGCGUCCCAUACGUCGCAGAAUCUCAUUAUCCAUCUCAAGAAGAAUGGAGUGCUGAUGGCUCAAAUCACAGCGAACACUACCAGCAUUCAACUAACAACGACGAUGUCAUCACUGGCCUGCUUGGAAUAAUCCCCCGUUCUGACGACCUCCUCGAGGUCUCUCCAAUCGUGCCCCAAAACUGGACUUAUUUUGCCAUUGAAAAUCUACAUUAUCACGGGCAUCUCUUGACCAUCCUCUAUGACCAGGAUGGUUCACGAUACGAAGUCGGCCCUGGCCUCACCAUCUACUGUGACGGUUCAAAAAUCUUCAACUGCAACAGCACGAGCGCUCAAGCCAACCUUCCCCCCUCCCAAACAUCAGUUGGCCCCGCCCCCAUAAACAUAGCCGGCAACCCAAUCGGUAUCGGCGCUUACCCACUCGCCAACGCAACUUUCACCUUCUUCACUGACUCUCCCUGGAAAGCGAUCGACGGCUACCUCUUCUACGACUCCAUCCCCGACAACAGAUGGACAAACUACCAAUCGCCCUCCACCAACGACACCCUACAAAUAACAUUCGCUCGCCCCCGCAACAUCUCGUCCGUCACACUCGCACUGUUUUCCGACGUCGCUCGCGGCGGCGGAAUCGACGUCCCUGCUCGUCUUGAGAUCUACGGCUCUUCAGGCAGCCUUGCAAAUUUAUCUGGUGGAUGGCUCUUACCGAAUGACCGCAACACGUUCUCAUUUGAGGAAGUAGAGACACAAUUCGUGGGCGUAAAGAUGUUUAGAAAGCCUGGAGUCUGGGUCGGGCUCUGCGAGCUGGAAGUUUGGGUUCAGCCGGAUCCUACGCCUCGGUACUAUGCCGUUGAUGCGCUGUUGACGGGUGCCAGCGUGACGACUGAUAGAGAUUCGGAUGCGACGAAGAAUUGUGCUGUAGUCGGGUCUUUGGGGAGGGGAAGCGUGGUUGCAUUUUCGGGCAUCGAGUCUUUGGGUGGCAAUGCAACGAUUACAUUGUCUUAUCUGAAUGCUGGAAGAACUGCUGCUGUUGAAGUGACGGUCAAUCAAGUGUCGAAGGGGAACUUAAACCUUAAAGGGACAGGCGGCAAUUACAAUUCAGUAGCAAUGACUGUGGAGUUGGCUGGUGGGAGGAAUUUCAUCAGUUUGCUUGGAGGAACUGGGAACAUUCGUUACGAGACCCUCGAUGUCAAAAUGUUGUAAGAUAAACUGGAGUGAGUAGAGUCAUCCCUACAAAUGCAUGAGAAAUGACGAUCU